AUGAGUCUACGGCAGGAUGAGCCGGCGCUUGAAAUAGCAUCGGAACCCCAGCCGAAGAGCAUGCACACCAACCCCGUUGUCAUUCCCCCGAAACGAGGUCAUCGGCCGACGGCAACUCAGACGCAGUCCACAAGAAAAGACCCGAGGACCCCGAAAAGAUCCCGGAUGACUCGCCAGUCCUCGUCGUCUACUCUGGGUGACCGGCCACUGCCAACAGCUAUCGCGUCCAUCCUGGAAGCCACCGCAAUCCCGGUUCCUCGACGAAAGCGAACCGCCCGAGAGUCUCAAAAGCUACCCCGUGGGGAUCAUGUGCAGGAUUUCAGCAAGCUGCUCAUGGACGGACUUGAUGACCAUUCAUUAUAUGGCAGCGGAAACUCCCCACUGGACAUCUUACUCAGCCCUCCGGAAGAGGUUGACAAAUCGUUCGUUUUCAGUGACUGUGACAGCACAUUCUCAUACUCUGCUCCUUCCAUCUCAGCAGGGUCUGUGCCGUCUCUCGAUACCGACGUAGAAACGCCGUUUAGUCUUUCCAUACCGUUUACUCCGUCUAGUCCACGAAGCCCAUCCGAGAAGAGUCGGCGACGGAGUCCACCCAAAUGCGAAAGCUGUGCUACAAACCACCCGCUUCUAGACACGGACUCAGACUCUGAAGAUGGACUCACCGUCACUAGUCGAUCGUCGCUACUAGAUUCCACGCCGUCCAAGCCGCUGGCUGUUUCGCGAUCGUUCCCGCGCCUCGGAUCAUUAAAGUCAAAUCUAACGGCAUCCCUACGGGCUAUUAAAUCCGCCGCUCAAAGCGUUUCAACGUUCGCCUCCCCAUCCGUUCAGCCCGACGAUUUUCUCACUCGCUCAUUGUUCACCAUAACUCCCGAGAUGACGGAUGAUCGGAGGCCGCCUCCGAUGGACGACACGCCGCCCCCGGCUCUGCGCCGGUACCUGAAUCCAAUCAUGGUGUCGCCUGCGGAGAUGUACAGCUUUCAGGAUCAACCACAUGAAUCGCCCGAUCCGCGCCAUCAGAUCUCAGUCCAGAUGCAAACAUAUCAUCGCUCGGGGAGCCGCUCAUCUCAGAGAGGCCGUUUCCAAGUCUCCAGUUCCAAAAACCGUGGUCGACAGUCUUUACCAUUUGACCCUGAAACGCCGUCGAUGUCACGCCAGCGAGAGCCUCGAGAGAACAGCGACUUCCUUCGCAUGGUCGUGCUGGAGAUGAAUAUGAGACGCCGGGGCAAACUCCGAGAUGACAUCCCCACACGAGCCCAGGUCUGGCUACCUCCUCGCAAAGGCAGUCAAGCUAAACCCACCGCCCCGUACGGUUACGACUUCGAGGAAGAAGACGAGCUCGAAGUUGAAAUACCCACCCGAUGGAUUGGGAUCUCAGUGGAGUCCUUCUAA